CUGUCAUCGUAUCCCUGAGGAGCUGUCAGUUCAUAGCUAACGUAACAGAGAUGCCAAUCUGGAUCACCCUGCUUAUGGCUUUUGGGGUUAGGGACCUCUCUCUGUCUGUUAGAGGAAUUAAUUUUCCUUUUCCAAAAAGCUGCAAAGAGAUCAAGGAAGUAUAUAAUAUGGCACAAGACGGUGUCUAUUACCUGAGCACGCCAGACGGAAUCAUGUAUCCGGUGUACUGUGACAUGACGACUGACGGAGGCGGAUGGACUCUGGUGGCCAGCGUUCACGAGAAUGACAUUAAAGGGAAAUGCACCAAGGGCGACGUCUGGUCAAGUGAAACAGGUGGCGACAGUCCAGAUGGAGGCAAAGCCUGGAGUAACUUUGUCACAUUCGGCACCGCAGAAGCUGCAACCAGCGACGACUACAAGAAUCCUGGGUAUUACGCCAUCAGAGCGGAGAACGUGGCGGUGUGGCAUGUUCCUAAUGAUACGCCGAUGGAUCAGUGGGAAAAAGCGGCGUUCCUCCGGUACCACACUGAGACCGGAUUCCUCCUCGACUAUGGAGAAAACCUCUACAAUCUCUUCAAUCGACUCCCGUUGAAGGAAAUCAAUGGUUUCUGCUCGAAUAACUAUGGCCCCUCUGUUCCUGUAACGUACGACACGGGGAACGCUACAUUCACCCAGGAGCUGUACGGACCCGGCGCCAGAGACUACACUGAACCCGGAUACAUCGCGUUCCGAGCCAUUAACUGGGCCGGGAGCCCAACUGCGAUCUGCUCAGGGGUCAAACCGAAAGACUGCGUCUCGUCAUUCUUCUGUAUUGGAGGACGUGGCCGUAUUUCAGGCUUCACUUCAACUGAGUGCGGUGACUUUGGUGCUUUAGCCCAGGACGCUAACCGCAAAAAUCCUGAGUGGAGAGUCAGUGCGCAGAUGAUGGAGGCGGCGGUGCUCAUCUUCUACCGCUGAGAGAACAUUCCAGAACAAACAGCACAUAUUCACACAUCACUAUACAUGCAUUAUUACUGGACAGUGUGUGUGU